GACAUUUUUCAGGGUUUAUCAUCCUGCUUUGGAGUAUGGGGCGUCCAACUCAGCACAAAUUCCUCCACUACCCUUUUGCAUCAUCUAAAAUUAAGACAUCCCAAUUUUCUUUCUGCAAAUAACAAAGGUGCUUCUUCUCUCUUCAUUUCGAAAGUAGGGUUCAUCACCAAAUCUGAGCCCAAAAUUGUCGUGGUAAUCAGAUAAUCGAGACGACGAUACCGGCGCAGACGUUGUCCGAAUCUCAUACGCCAUUAGACAUUGGUGUAGCGAAGUUCUUCUGGGAAAAUUAUGGCAAGUAGAAGGGCAAUGAACGAAAUGAUUAUCCAGGUUAUGACCGACAUAAUUCGGGACCAUCAGUUCGACAUCAUUUGUGUUAUCCUCAUCUACCUUCGAAGCAUUAGACGGGGACGACGUUUCUCUCCUCUCGAUCUUAGAAAGAGCUAUUCGUAUAUCCGGCGGAUGCCACAACAGGUUCGACACAUGAACAGACUCACUGGUGUGAGUGAUGUGUCUUGUCUUGAAAAUUUGCGAAUGGAUAGAAACUCUUUUGGGAGGCUGUGUAUCAUGCUUCGGCAAACAGGUGAUGUAGUCGAUGGUCGGUAUGUCACCGUGGAGGAACAAGUUGCCAUGUUUUUAGGAAUCUUGGCCCAUCACAAGAAGGUUCGAGUAGUGAAGUUCAACCAUUGGAGGUCAGGGUAUACAGUUUCAAAAUCUGUCCAUGUUGUCCUGAGGGCCGUGAUUAAGCUUCAUCGUACCUUUUGGGUUGUUCCUGAAGCCGUGGAUGACGAUUGUGAGGAUCACAAGUGGAAAUGGUUCAAGGGGUGCCUAGGAGCUCUCGACGGCACAUACAUCAACAUACAAGUACCAAGUGUUGACAAGCCUCGAUACCGCUCUCGAAAGGGGCAAAUUUGCACUAAUACCCUAGCCGCUUGUGAUCGCAGUAUGCGGUUCGUUUAUGUUCUGGCCGGAUGGGAAGGCUCUGCUGAGGAUGCUCGUGUGCUAAGGGAUGCCGUUAAUCGCGAAAAUGGCUUCAAAGUCCCAAGAGGAAAGUACUAUCUUUGUGAUAAUGGAUAUGCAAAUUGCGAAGGAUUCCUAACACCAUUUAAAAGUGUCCGAUAUCAUCUCAAAGAAUGGGGCCCGGCCGCCGGGGCCCCUCAGAAUCCACGUGAAAUCUUCAAUAUGAGACACACACGGGCUCGCAACGUCAUUGAACGUGCAUUUGCCGUUUUGAAAAUGCGAUGGGGGAUAUUAAGGAGUGCUUGUUACUACCCGGUGAAAAUUCAAACGCAACUCAUUUUAGCAUGUUUUCUUCUACAUAACUAUGCUAGAACAGCAAUGCCAGUGGAUCCACUCGACCAACUCUCCGACGUAAAUGAUGACCAAAUAGUCGCUGAAUCUGAUGACCCCAAUGUCGAAGGAGAGUAUAUCGAUUCUAUAUUAAGGAUUGAAUAUGAUUUGAAUUUAAAAUGAGUAUGUUAGGUUGCUGUACAAGAAGUUAGGCACAAGUGAAGGGGUUCGCCUCCAUGCACAAAUUGACCUAUUGGCUAGCGUUGAGAUUAAUGAACAAAGUUCCAAUGAGUAACGUAUAUACUGUAUUUCCAUAGCACUACUACUAGGUCAAAUAAAAUAAGAUUAUUCUUUGCAAAUGCAGUUUAAGUGAAAAGCACUCGACUUUGCGUGUUAUGUCA